CGCGAGAACAUUUUUACAGCAACGUCGCAAAACUACAUUGUGAAAAAGUGAUUUACGGUAAGCCGUCAGUGAACUGGGAAAGGUUAAAGUGAAUCCGAACAGCAAGAACUAUGCCGUUCAUUGACCUUCAGUCAAAGCUGGGCAUCAAUUUGGACCGCUGGCUCCUGAACCAGAGCAGUGGGCAGCCAUAUAAACAAGCUGCGCGCUGCCAUGCCUUUGAGAAGGAGUGGAUAGAGUGUGCACAUGGGAUUGGCCAGCUACGUGCUAAAAAUGAAUGCAAACUGGAGUUAGAAGAUUUCUAUGAAUGCAUGCACCGACAAAAGACGUACCAGCGCUUGCUUGAAAUUCAGAAGCAGAGGGACAAGAUGAUUAAAGAGGGAUCCUACACACCACUUCCGCACCACACUGGCAAUAAAAAAGCUUAGCCAUGAACCCUAUUGUGGCAGAUAAAACGAUGCCUUUUUUGAGCAGUAUGCUAACACUGGUAUUAUAAUCAGUGUGCUUACUAAAUUGUUUAUUAUACUUAUUAUUGUGAGCAUUGCUUCUGUUCUCCUUCUAAUAUAAAUAAAUAGUUGAUUGAGAUCUGUA